ACCCUGACGUUGUUGUGCACGCCAUGUAAAUUGCAGGAGAGGAAAUAAACAGGAGGUUCUGCGGGCAUAACAGAUUAAAUCCGUCAUCAUCCAAGCUUGUACGUGGUCUUGUUGAGGAAAAACUACAUAUGGUUGAAUUCGUAAUCUUUUCGUGAUAGGGCAGAGCAACAGGAAUUUGACAUCGAACGUAAAGAGAAAGUAUACCUUAAAGGGUUUUGUCCAAACUGAAUCCCCUCCCCUGAGAGAAGUUAGAAGAAAGGGAGAGGAAAGCCUCAAAUCCCCCCUCCCCUCCCUUUCACCUCCCUCAUUUUACAGACGGUGGUCUUCUGUUUCGCCUUUGUUCCCUUAAAAUCAUGGCUUGCGGAGCCACGUUAAAAAGGACUAUGGAUUUUGAUCCACUGAUGAGUCCGGCGUCGCCCAAACGAAGGAGAUGUACCCCAAUGUCAACCCCGUCAUCGUCUUCAUCCUCUCCUCAAAAAUAUCUGCGUUUGGAACCGUCUCCAUUUGGCGAGGUUUCUUCCAGGUUCACCACAGAACAAAUUCUCUACAACAUAAAACAGGAGUACAAGCGUAUGCAGAAGCGUAGACAUCUAGAGACCAGUUUUCAGCAAUCGGACUCUUGCUGUUCAGCUGACACACAACCCAAUGCAUCCAUCCUUGGUGGACCUACUUUGCCAGGGUCGUCUUCUGGUUCACUGUCACCAGCUAAAAAAGAUCAGCCAUUAUUCACUUUGCGACAAGUUGGAAUGAUAUGUGAACGCUUGCUAAAAGAACGUGAAGACAAAAUACGGGAAGAGUAUGAAGAAAUUUUAACUACAAAACUGGCAGAACAAUAUGAUGCAUUUGUGAAGUUCACACAUGAUCAGUUAAUGCGACGAUUUGGAGAACAGCCUGCCAGUUAUGUCUCUUGAAUACAACAUUUACUUGAUAUUGCUGGUUCCUUUUUAUUGCUGCAAUUUCUGCAUUUUUAAUUCAAGAAUUGCAGAAGUGCCAUAUUUCCCCUGUGGGCACAGGCCGUUUAAAGCUUUUGUCGCUGGUAACCACUUAUUCUUCAGCAACUGGUUUUUUUUGGAGUGCUCCCUGAUGUUAAUGUUCAUAUGGACCUCUGCUAUUACUACUUUACCAGUGACCACCUAUGUUUCAUUUGCUGUAUUAAAAUUGAUUAGGCUUUUCUGAUUCUUUUACAAAUGGCUGGAAGUCCAGUUCAUGCCCUUCAUGAUCUUGUAUGUAUAAUUGAAGCAUUGUAGAAUGCCAUGUAAUUUUUGCAGAUCAGUUCUAUAUAUUUUAGAAUGAAUUUGGGGGAGGGCAUGGGCAUUGAGGAAUACAAUGUGAAUUCCUCAUGCUGCAGGUGCCUGUGGUGGCUUUUUAUUUCAGAACUUAAACAAGGCAUUUGUGAUGCUUGGACAUUUACUGAAUUUACAAUAGGUUAACUCGUUUUAUUUUAUUUUUUUUUUAUUUAUUCUAGCAUACUUUAACAGAUUUUUUUCUGCAUUUUUUUUCAUUGUACAAUUGUUUUACUGGCCAUAUAGUAUAAUAAACCUUAGUUAAAAUACAGUGGUUUACAUUCA